ACGCGGUAUUUCUACCGGUUACGGCCAAAACUUGAUCGUGAAUUCUGUAUAAAAAGCGAAUUUGAACUUAUUUUAACACAGAUACAGUUUUUCGUCUGAUCGAAAUAGGUAUUUAUAUAAACAAAAUGAAGGCUGUCAUUGCUGCCCUAUUCUCCAUCUUGGCUAUGGCUUCAGCAGGAGUAGUGCUUUCUCCAAGCCUCGGUUAUUCUUAUCAACCCUUAGCAUAUUCGGCACCUUUAGCAUAUUCGGCACCUUUGGCUUACUCGGUACCAUCAGCAUAUUCAUAUGUAGCUGCACCCGUAAGUUAUGCUGCUGCCCCAGCAGCGGUACAGUCAGGUUAUGUUGCUGCCACACGAGGCUCCAUCCACACAGCUCCUCUACCAGAAGGACCUCUCGCUUUUAGUCACCACAUCAAUACGGCUCCAGCUCCAGGAACCAUUUAAGAUACAUUCUUGUCUCGAUGUGAAGUAAAUGAAAAUAAUAAAUUAAAUUUUAAAUA